AUAUUCUCUCCGUCCCAAAAUUAUUGUUCAGAAUAAAAUCUCAAUCUGGACAAUAAUUUUGAGACGGAGGGUGUAAUAAAAUUGAAUACUGAAUAUGUGAUGUGUUAACUGACAUUACAAAAUUGAAUUAGUUGGAAAAAAAGCAUCAAAAUAUAAAACUAUCUAUCCCAAUAAGGAGGGAUCGGAGUUGGUAAGCAUUCUACACUCGCUUUUUGAUCUUUGACCAAACAGAAUAGAACGCCAUACAAAAAAAGCCAACGAAAUAUUGCUCUUCAAUUCAAUCACACUGCAAAAGAUCAAAUCGGCUUUCAUCUUGAUCUGAAAACACACAUACAAUCUCAUCAUAUCUUUCCCGGAAAGCCCAGUUGGUGAAAAUGCAUGAUUUUUGCUUCACAAUUCCCUACGGUCUGAUUUUGGUGGCUGGUGGUGUCUUCGGGUACCUCAAGAAAGGGAGCACGGCUUCCUUGGCUGGGGGUGCUGGCACUGGAUUGGCCCUCAUCUUUGCUGGUUAUCUCAGUCUUCAGGCUUACCACAAGCGCAAGAACUCUUACUUAGCCUUCAUUCUUGAGACCGUUUUUGCUGCUGCACUAACAUGGGUAAUGGGACAGCGCUACUUGCAAACUUCAAAGGUGAUGCCUGCUGGCAUGAUUGCCGGAAUGAGUGGGAUUAUGACUGGAUUUUACUUAUACAAAAUUGCCACUGGCGGAAACCAUUUCCCUCCGAAGACCGAAUGAUGGUCUAGAGCAUCUGCACUUGGAGUUGGGUUCAUAUCAAAGUUGUGGUCUGCAAUUUUUAUGCGCUUGCUUUUCUAUGUAACUAUACAACUUCUUCAGACUUCAACAAAACAUGUAUUUCACUUCACUGUAAUGUUAAUGGCAAAUCAUCAGGUUUAACCACCUCACAUUUCCACUCUGUUUCACGUAUACCUAGUGAUUUUACACUGUAUCACGCUCAGAAACUUGAAGAUUCACCAAACGAGAAAGUUGACUAUCGGUUUUGUGUUAGUUUACCACUAUAUGAUGAAGGAUCUCUGAUCCUAUCUUGAAAUUCUGAAGCACCAUUGCGU